AUGGCCGCCCUGGAGCUGGCCCACAGUUACUCCGCGGGACCAGUGCCGAGGCCUGCUUGGCAGCACCAGCUCCGGAAACGAGGACAGGUCUGUCUGUCGGCCCUGCCUCCACCGGUGGGCUUCACCUGUCGCCAGUUCUCCCAGCUUCCCCCUGAGGCCACGCUGCUGCCGCCUCCGUCUGCCCGCGGGAAUGCUGCUGCUUGGAGGCCAGGCGCCCACGGCCGCGCGCCCCAGGGCAGCGCCGUCCUCCCAGGAGGCCCGCCCGCACCGCAGGCCACAGUGGACUGUGGCGACGCGGCGGCAGCCCCGCGCGGGACCGGGGCGCCCAGGCAGCGAGGCCACACCGAAGGCGACACCUCGGCUCGGCGGCGCCCGGAACCCGCCGCGGCAGAGCCGCUCGCGCCGGGGGACGCGCUCGGGCGCCGGACGCGGGGUGCGCGCGCAGCCGCAGUUCCGGUUCCGGACUGGCCCGAAGAGGAGCGGGAGGAGGAGCGCGCGCGGGAGGAGGAGGAGCGAGUGCCCCGCCAGCCGAGGUACAUCGAGCUGGACGUGUCCGCGAUGCUGCCCCACCCAGUGAUGUCCCUCCGGCGCCUGCUCUGUGCUGUGGCCUCCCACCGGCCCGCCCCCUUGAGAUGCGGAGGAAGCAGCCGCCUGCACACGGCCCCAGCCGCCUGUGCUGACAGGAGCGCCCCUGUGUUCACCCGCGCCCUGGCCUUUGCGGACAGGAUUGCUCUCAUUGACCAGCAUGGCCACCACACGUACAAGGACCUUUACUACCACAGCCUCCGCCUGUCCCAGGAGGUGUGCCGUCUCCUCGAGUGUGCUGGCGGGGACCUCCAGGAGGAGAGGGUCUCCUUCCUGUGCUCUAACGAUGUCUCCUACGUGGUCGCGCAGUGGGCCUCAUGGAUGAGCGGAGGCAUUGCUGUCCCCCUAUACAGAAAGCACCCCCGGGCCGAGCUGGAGUGUUUCAUCCGGGACUCCCGGAGCUCUGUGGUCCUCGCUGGCCAGGAGUACGUGGAGCUCCUGCGCCCACUGGUCGGGAAGCUGGGGGUCCCGCUGCUGCCUGUCCCGCCCACGGUCUAUGGUGCGGCGGCUGAGGAGCCUGGGGAGUGGGAGGUGCGGGAGCGGAACUGGAGAGACCGAGGCGCCAUGAUCAUCUACACCAGCGGGACCACGGGGAGGCCCAAGGGUGUCCUGAGCACUCACCACAACAUCAGGGCCAUGGUGUUGGGGCUGGUCCACAAGUGGGCGUGGAGUAAAGACGAUGUGAUCCUGCACGUCCUCCCGCUGCAUCACGUGCACGGCAUCGUCAACAAGCUGCUCUGUCCCCUCUGGGUGGGGGCCACCUGUGUGAUGCUCCCCGAGUUCAGCGCACAGCUGGUAAGUUGGGGACGGGCUCUCGCCGUGGCUGGAUCUGGGGGCCCGUGGCGCCUUCCUCUGCAGUGUGGACUUUGCCAGCUAUGCAAGUUCUCUGUUGCUGCUGUAACAAAUGAUCCCAAACUGGAGGGGCUUAAAACAACACAGCUGAUUCUCUGA